AGGCGGCAUGUGUGAAGCGGCCGGGCCCGUGGCUCCAUCGCCAUAGUCACCGCGGCGGCGCCUCCAGCUCCAACCACCCCCCCAGUCCCCCCCUUCCCCGCCCUCUCUCCACCCCCGGCAGCCCAGUAUGGCCGAGCGGGACGACAAGAGCCUCGACGAUUUCUUCGCCAAAAGGGACAAGAAGAAGAAGAAAGACAAAACCAAAGUGGCCAAGGCGGCGGUUCCCGCCGGGCCGGCCAAAGCCGCGGUGCCGCCUGAGAAGGUGAAGAAGGAGAAGGAGCGGGUGACGAAGGGCGAGUGUCAGGAUCCCCAGCAGGAGCGGGAGGAUGAAGAAUGGAAGGAGUUUGAGCAAAAGGAAGUUGAUUACAGUGGCCUGAGGAUUCACGCCUUACAAAUCAGUGAUGAGAGAGAGGAGGAAGACGAUGAGAAGAAAGAAGAUCAGGGUGAAGAUGGUGAGAGCAUCUUGUAUAGAGAAGGAGACAAGACAGUCGGGCCCUGGAACAAGAUAACACCAGCGCCAGCACCUGUCACUGUGGUUGCAGAAGUCCCAGAAUCAAAACCAUCCGGUGUUUAUCGACCACCUGCAGCCAGAUCCGCUAAUGUGAGAAGAACACAAUCACAAGGACCACCAGAGAUUUAUAAUGAUGCACAGUUUCCAUCCCUACAAGCUUCUGCAAAGCAUGUAGAAACCAGAAAAGAUAAAGAAAUGGAAAAGACCUUUGAGAUGGUGAAAUACAAAAACAGAGCCAGGGAGGAUGGUUCUAAAAGUCAGUCCGUUCAGCUAGAACUUGGCAACCAGUUUGCUGUUCUUGGGGAGCAGUAAAUGUUGGUGCAUAUUUUACAGACUGGUGCUCUGUAUUCCAUCCCAGGUAACUAAUCUACAUGGAACCCAUCUGUCUUCACUCCACAAUGCCAGAAAAUGUUUUAUUUGACCUGGUAUAGACUUCUGUGGACAAAUGAGGCAACUGCAAGGCAUCAUGGGAAUUUUAAGCUUGAAGCACAAUAACUGCUGUCAUCUACUAUGGACUGGACUUGAUAAAGGGUUUGAAUGAAGUGUCAGUCACUCUUGGAGCGACGUUUUUGGAUAAAGAUUAAAAAUGCAGCCAUUAAGUGGUCCAUUUGUUUAUAGUCCUGCUUCCUAUUUGAAUGUUGAGCCUCUCAAAGGUGACUACCUCAGUUUGACAGAGAGAACUGUGGACACCAUUCUGACUGUACCUCGUUUGCCAUCUCAAGUUUGCUACCAUUUUUUUUAAAAGGAGUAUUACAACACUGUAUUUGAACGUUUCAGAAUAUUAAACUGCUAAAUUCCUGGGAGCAGAAAUAGAAAUUGUUUAUCAGUCUGCAAAUUGAAUUUCAGAGACUGCACAACUUUUAAGUGACCUUACCUUAAAAUAAAAGCAAGUGUGACAUCCAUUAAAACAUCUGCUUUUCAGGCUGGGGCUAAGAGGCUGCAUGCAAUGGCUUGGAACUGCAACGCUUUCUGCAUAAAAUCAUUCUCCGUGUGUGUAUUUUGAUGGCUGUGAGCUGUAAUCUGCUUCCCCACUUAGCUUCUUCUCCAAAUUUCCCUGAUGCUAAGAGAACCAUAGACUAAUUUGAAUCUAGGAUGCACCUCAUUCUUUGUAGCUUUCUGUUGACUUUUGUAAAUGGCAUCCCCAAAAACCCCACAGUCCUCACAUCUUCAACCUAAGAAUUGUAGAAAGCUAAAGUGGUAACCAGCAGAUAAACACCUACCUGCUGGAAAUUGGGAACUGAAAGAGGUCUUUGCAACAGUGUUCGUAUUAAAAUUAUUUGGGUAAUCUCACCUGAACAAUCAGUCUAAUGCUUGUUACACGUGACAUUAAUGAUGACACUUGUCAGUGAACCUCUGGAGGUUGAAUUUAAUUCAUCCAACUUUUGUGUAUUUAUGUAAUUAGCUAUUAUGAAACCUUAGCUUCGGGAUGGGGGAAAUAAAGUUUUAAGGUUACGGUUAAGAAAAAUAUAACAGCUGUACAACUAUUUAUGAAGACUUUUUGGUACAGUAUUUUCUUAAGGUUCUGGUUUUAAGACCACUUUUAAAAUUGGGCAUAAAUAAGUGCAUCUUAGGCCCUGACCAGUUGCAUUUUCAAAUUCCCUUCUUUUUGGCUUGCAAUAAAAUUAAUUCUCUGUUCAAGAACUAACAGCAACACUUUACUCAGAGUAGGCAUUAUUGGGUUGUUUUAAGAUGCACAUUUAGAAUCUAUUUUGUGCUUAACAAAUAGAACAGCAGCUAUUGUCUGAACAUGUUUGAAUCCUGGGCAUGUAUUAUGGCUGUACUGGAGAAAACGAAUUAAAUAAAUCAAUAAAGCUG